UGGGUAUCACAUUGUUUUGUCUUACAAAGAAUCACCUAAUUUUCCAUAAAUGGCAUAUCAAUUGUUUUUGAUCUUCAAGAAAUGAUUGAUAUUUAAAACACCAUGCCUCCAGUGACCUCUCAACAUCGAUGUGGCCAUCUUUGGCACUGGGAUCUUUGUCUUCGUUUUAAGCCUGAUAUUCUGCUGCUUCUUUAUAAGGUAAGUGUGACUGUAAUAUUGAGACCAAAUCCGUAAUAGUUUAACAGAACAGCCCGUUUGGACCAUGCAGAUCCUGGAUAACGUUUCUAAAACUCUUCUUUGUGCCCGGACUUCAUCAGUAUUUUCCUGUGACAGACUGACAGCUGCAGAGCAGAAGGGGCUUCCUCUGGCCUCACGCGCUUCCAAACUCGAACAAUUCAGGACUAGAUUGCAUCUCCGUGCUUUUUGUUCACAAUGCUAUUUUUGACCAAAGGCUUUUAGCUAAUGUCAUGUCAAACACCGAGAACUACAAACCCUCACUUGCCAAAUUUGUGUUUAGAAACAUACGACACACCACAACCUUUGCCUGUACUGCCAUACUGAUGUCUAGAGAAAAGAAUAAAUUGAGACAUCAAGCUCGCAAUGUGAGAGCUGGAUACAAGAUGGUUGUAUUUGAAGAUGAAACAACACGGCCACAUGCACAUGGGUUAACAUGUGCGGUCUGUUUGGAGGACUUCAGGACAAAAGAUGAGCUUGGAGUGUUAUCAUGCCAACACGCCUUUCACAAGAGGUGUCUGGUGAAGUGGCUGGAAGUGAGCUCUUCAUGUCCCAUGUGCAACAACCCCAUCAGUGCUGCUCUGGGGCAAACGCACAGCCCGGGAAACCUGCUGGAUGAACUGUUCUAAACCUGCUUUUCUGCCAAACUCGAACCUCAUUAAGGUUAACUUCCAAUGAAGUUCUCCAAUACGGGCGACAUUUUUACCUAAUAAUCUUGUACAAUUCAGACAAAAGACGUUUAUUUAAAAGCUCUGCUGUUGCAAAGCAUCAUUUGUAAUGUUUUUCUGUAUGUCUGGUUUAAAAUGUUUACAUACAGUAUUGUGGGUUUCUUUUUUGUGUGUGUCCUGUGUUAGCAUGCAAGAUAUUUUGCAAGUAUUCACUUAAUGAAUUUAAGUUUAGUGGGACAGAAAGCAAAUGCUAAAUUGAAAUCAAAUAGGACUUAACAUGCAUAUAUCUGGGCCUAUGCAGGUUAUGGUAAUAACAGUAAACAUAUUAACAUACUUACAAUUGUUGGAUUUUACAGACAUCAAUUUUUACUUAAAGCAAGACCAUUAUUUUAGUAUCA